CGGAAGUAUGGCAAAUAUUCAAUUCUAUCUCGCCAGCUGUGCGCUGCUGCUGCUGACCUUGAACUGGCGCACAUCCACGGGACUCCCGGUGCCCGCACCGAGCCCGGGGACCGACGAUCAGUGCUCUGACCUCUACAGGAGGCUCCUGCUGAACAUUUCAAACGCUCUCAGUAGUGGAACUUUGAGUUAUGGCAUCCCAUCUGAGAAAGUCGAGGUGAGGGGUGCAGGGGAGACCGUACUGGCCUGCGCACCCACUCAGACUCAGAACUCAAAUUGCAUGAUGCAAAGAAAUUUUUCUUUCAGUGAGAGUGAAUGUCUGAAGAACAUCAUGAAGGACCUGGCCUACUAUGGUGAUGCUAUUCAGUCCUACCUCGAGCACCCCCUCAAAAGUCCUAAUAAAGAAGCUGAACUUCUGAAUCCAAUUGUGGAAAUAAUUCAGAGUCUCACAAAGAACUGCUUUCCGCAGCAGAAUGGAGAGAACCAGUCCACAAAGGAAGAUGCCAAGGUGUGGGGCAAUGACUCCUUCACUAACCGGCUGGAGAUGUAUAAGAUGAUGAGAGGCUUCCAUAUCCGAGCCAUCACCAUCAACCGGGCCAUUGGCUACAUCGCCUCAGGAGACCACAGGAAGUAGACAUCCUGCAAACCUCUUCAACUUCAUCACCAUCAUUCCAACCAAUAGUACAACAAAAAUCUCUACUCAUUUAAUUCAUCACA